GAUGGAGAUGAUAACAAUGCUGAUAUGUUAAUGAUGGCGACAUUGGUGAUGGUGGUGGUGGUGGUCGUCUGGUUCAGUGGGGCCAGUCGUGAAGUAGGCGUGUGGGUGAUGGUGGUGUGGUGCAGAAUAGGGAGAUGGUGAUGGGGGUGAUGACAAGGAGUGGUGGAGGUGAUAGGGGUCGAGACGUAACGGGACACAAGGUCACACUACUAGCCUGCAUCACCACCAACACCACAGCAGCACAUCACCACCAUACCUACACCACACAUCACCAUACUUACACCAACACCGCAGCAAAGCACUGAUACCAACUACACACACCGCCGUACAUUCACAUACCAUCACUACAUCACCAUCGGCACACCACUACACCACAACACCACUAUACCCACACCACGCAUCACCAUACGCAUACACACCAUCACUACGCCACUGUACAUCAGACACCACAUACCAUUCACCACCGCACGGGCACACACACACUUACCAACACCACCACACUUACACCACACACCCAUCACAACACCACACUCAUACCCACACACACCACCACCAUCACCACCACCACCACGCCCCGGAAGCAGUGACCUCGGCAGUAAGCCGCCCGGGACUACGAUGAACUCAAGAGGCGGUACUCGGACGUGAGCCAGACUGCGGAGAUGCUCAAGGUCCGCCUGGAGGAGCGUGAGCAUGACCUUCACAACCUUCGCAGCGACUGUCCCUCAUGCACUGCUCUGCUCUUUGCCUACCUACCCUUUUGCUCUUCCUUCUUCUAUCUCUCUUCCCCCUGUCUCUCUCCCCUGCUGGCAGACUCUGACCCCACUGAGGUUUCUACAGUGUCCGAGGCGGUCUAUCACGAGUACGACAACCUGCGGCAGCGCUACAAGGUGGAGGCAGAAUCCAUGGCGCAGGCAUUCAACAGAGCCACUGAGUGGUACCGCGAGAACAAGUCACUUCGCCGGGAGACCAACAACCUGAAGCGACAGAGCGCCAUCCUGCUGCAGCGAGUGUCUGACGGCUCCCCGGACCUGGAUAUCUCAGUGCUGGCUGGCAUGGGGGAGACGACGGACAAGAAGGAGCUCCAGGAUCUACAGCAGCAGCAUGAGAAGGAGGUGGACAACUUGAUGGAAAAGAUUAAAGGUUUGGAAAAUGAGGUGGCGAACCUCAACAUGGAGAUAAGCAAGGCAAAGCAGGAUGAGUUUGAGGCCCAAGAGGAACUCCUGGAGAUAAGGCGUGAGCUUGAGGACGCCAACCAACAAAUAGACACACUAAAGAAAAGAACGUCUGAACUGGAAGCUGUGGAGCAAAGGAUGGGUCGGGUGUCUGUGCUGGUCCUUGAUGAGGUGGAGGCCCUUCAGGCACAGCUACGGACUGAGGCUGCUCGGGCCAACACAGCUGCCACAGAAGCUGCUAAGGCUCGGGGAGAGAGGGCUGCCCUAGCUCGCCAAAGUGCUGUGGCCAUGUCCGAGUUGAUGGGAGAUGAGAAGCUGUCCAUGGCUAUGCAAGAGGUUGAUUCACUAACAAAGCAGCUUCACAAGCAGGAAGAAGAAUACAAACAAAAGAUAAAUAAACUCAAGGCUGAGUUGCUUUCUUAUGAGACUGGUGAGAAAGCCGCAGAGCUUGAGCUGCUGAGGGAGCGUGUGCAACUACUGGAGGAGGAGGUGAGAGUGCAGGAGGGCAAGGCAAGUGAGAGACAGUGUGAAGUGGAGAAACUCAGGAACGAAGUUGAGGAGCAGCGUAAACUCCUUAAGUCCUUGCAAGACUCUGCCAGAACACCAGACUCUCCACCUCAAAGUGUGUGUUCUCCUGAAGACUCCCAGACAGUUCCAAUACCACCUCCUCCACCUAUACCUGGAGUCAAGGCUCCCCCACCACCUCCACCUCUGCCACCACUACCACCACCUCCUCCACCUCCACCUCCAUGUGCACCUCCUCCACCCCCACCGCCCCUUCCUGCCAACAAUCCUGUCACUGCACUAGCCACUCUAAUUGGUGUUUCCAAGCAAAACAAAAAAGCUAAGGAGCCAGAAAGUACAGAUUCAGCAGCAAAAGGCUGUGGUAUGGAUGACCUCAUCAAUCAAAUCAAACAAGGGGGAGUAAAACUAAAAUCUACCAAAUCCCAUAGUGUUGGAAGCAUCAGUAGGAAACCAGACAUAGAUGAGAAAGAGAAACCUCCUGAUGCUGUGCAAGAAAUGAAAAGUAUUUUAGCGACAAUGAAGCGUGGUCGCCAAGGAAGAAUUAAGCCUUCUGAAAUUUCUCAAGGAUCAAAAUUUCGAACAAAGAAUGAAAAAGGAGAGUCUGCUUCAUCUAAAGGAAGCAAAACAGAAGUCCUUGGCAUGAAGAAUGAAGACUCAGGUUCUGCAAUGACUAAUGGUAAUCUUCCAUCACAAACAAAAGGGAAUUCUCACAUUACCAGCACUACUGAAGACUUUACUGGCCAUAAGAAUACUACUGAACCACACACCAAAAAAGUGAUAGAAACAGAUACACGCACUGAUACCGUCAAGAUGCGAGAGAAGUGCUCCUCAACUCGGGAGCCUGCCAACUUUCAGGAGACAGACACAACAGCUAGUGCAUCAUACACACUCAGACUCACCAGUCCCAAUGCUGGAGAGGACGAGUGCUCCAGUCGGGAAGUUACUCCACCCAGGAGAUCAGAGGAGCAAGAGAGCGGCCGUCCCCACUCUGGGCGGGCCAUCACCACCACCACCAUAUUCCUGUCAGGCCAGAGUCUACCACAAGACUGAGUAGUUAACCUGCUGUUAACUCCUUAGCUCUGUCUAUAAGCAAAACAAACUGCUCAUGUUACAAGUUAAUGAUUUUAAUGUUUUUAAACUGAUUUUAAACAAAUUAUUUUUACUUUUGUUGUGAAAGUGUUACAGUGUAGGAACUCGGCAUCCAUAAUGUGUGUUCUACGUAAGAAAUCAUGGUUAGAGAGAGAAGAUUUAUUGUUACACUAUUGUCUGUAAUUAGUUGCAUGUAAUAUGUAAAUGUUGAUUACAUGUUGAUUUUAUCAUAUGCUAUAUAUACUUAACUUUUCAACUUAAGCCUCAAUAUAAAACUUGUUGCUCUUAAAACUUUUACUUCUUUUAGGCCAGAAAGUUUGCACAUAAUCAAUCCUCCUGAAGCACACACUGAUUGGUGGACUUCAGGGACUGACAAAAAAAAAGAUGCUCAAAUAUUCAAUGAAGGAAAUUGUACCCUCCUAGCUUUAGGUAAUCCAUUAUAAAUAUCAACAAUCACUAUAUAUCAACUGGAGAAAAUUAGUCUAAGGCUCAGAGCAGAAGCAAUAUAUAUAUAUAUAUAUAUAUAUAUAUAUAUAUAUAUAUAUAUAUAUAUAUAUAUAUAUAUAUAUAUAUAUAUAUAUAUAUAUAUAUAUAUAUAUAUAUAUAUAUGUGCAUACUGCCUAUAUCUACAUUAUAAAUUGAAAGUUGUCAAAAAUCAUGCAUAGGUAUUUUAUUACAAAAAUAUAUUUAUAAGUCAAUAAAAUAUAUUUUGCUUGUUGACAAAAUCCAAAGUUUUACAUUAAUAGUUGCAAACGAUGUAGCACGUCAGGGAAUGUAGUACGACUUUUUGUAGUGGUCACAAACUGGCCGAGUCUGAGGCCUGAUAUAAUAAUGUUAACGAGGUUAAGUGUUCAAAUAAUUUUUGGCUGUGCCUCCAGUAUUUCUAGCCUUCUAUGAAGGUGCCUGUGGGAAAGUGAACCUUACACAAUUGUGGCAUUUAUUUGCCAAGUUGACAAGGUUUGGCAAAAUAGCAGAUUUAAGUGAAAAUAUUAAAGAAUUCAUUUCACUGUCCCAAAA